AGACUCCAAGUGGUGGUUGGAAGGCCGCGGCGAUGAGGUAAUAAAAUUCAAUAUUUCUGUAUGUUUGGAAGUUUUUCAUCCUAAAAUGUUUGGGGGUGGGAUGAAGGGUGGUUUUGUGUCAGACUUGGUCAAAUCCCUGCUGCAUAUUAGGUUUUUUGGGGAAAAGCCGAAUACUCAAAUUACUUCAUUUUCUCAUCUGUGUACCGUGGAUGGUAAGAAAAGGGUCACCAUCAAGAGUUUUCCUCAACUCCCCCGAGCCCUCAUAUAAACGGCGGCCCCCGAGUGGUGGGGGAAAGAAGCGCAAACUAGCAGCCCCGCCCAAACCGCGGGAGUUGACUCCUGGGAAACUCAUCUAAAGGGGCGGGGAGCAGCGGGACCUUUCUUGACUCGCGACCAGGUGGCGGUCAGAUUGUGUGAGGCUUAGCCUGGAACCUCUUAAGGCAUGGCUCCACCCCGAGAAGGUGCUUUCAAGGACACCGCAGAAGCAGACUGCCUCGCCAUAUGCCCGCUGUUCCCUAGGGGUCUGAGGAGAAACCUUUUAAUCCCAAAAAUGACAGCCGUAUUCUCUAACUACAACAUUCCACUCGUAGGCUGUUUAUUUCUUUUGCCGGUUUCAUUUUAGGAAAUGCGAGCAUUACUACAGAACUCUGAGGAAACCGGCUGUAAAAUUUGCAUAUUUAACGAGAAGCGGUGCGAGUGCUCAGUACUGCUUCAACGACUGAUGACAGCCAUCUAAAGCGCCGGGUACCAGAGGGAUAGGACCUCGCCGGACGGAAGAAAAUUCUGAGGCUAAGCGCGCAGCCCGGGGGGGGGGGCGGGGCCAUGGGCCGUCCCGCCCCCGGCCCUUUGUGACGUAGAACAAUGCCUGCCACGAGUCGGAACUGGGCUGCCUUUGCCUCUGGAAGCAAGUGACACGCGUGAAGGAACGCAGUUGUCAUCUGGGGCCAAUUUCAGGAAUCAUGCAGUUUUUAUUCUGGUUAAUCGUUUUCUUUUAUGCAUGGGGCAUGUUGGGGGCUCAGGGACAAAAGGAAGAGGAGAGCACAGAGGAAGUGAAAAUAGAAGUUGUGCAUCGUCCAGAAAACUGUUCCAAGACAAGCAAGAAGGGAGACUUGCUAAAUGCCCAUUACGACGGCUACUUGGCUAAGGACGGUUCGAAAUUCUACUGCAGCCGCACACAAAAUGAAGGCCACCCCAAAUGGUUUGUUCUUGGUGUUGGGCAAGUCAUAAAAGGCCUAGACAUUGCGAUGAUGGAUAUGUGCCCUGGAGAGAAGCGAAAAGUGAUUAUACCCCCUUCAUUUGCAUAUGGAAAGGAAGGUUAUGCAGAAGGCAAGAUUCCACCUGAUGCAACAUUGAUUUUUGAGAUUGAACUUUAUGCUGUGACCAAAGGACCACGAAGCAUUGAAACAUUUAAACAGAUAGACAUGGACAAUGAUAGGCAACUCUCUAAAACUGAGGGUAUUAGUAAGGACCUUCUCCUGAAGGUCCUUUGCUGCUCACCAGUGGAAGAGGAAUAUGUGAAUGUGAACAUACCCCAUUCCUGAAGAAGGAGGACAAUUAGAGGGCUGGAAAUUUCAUCCCAGUAUGUGCUUUGCGUUGACUCCGUAUGACUUGUAGAGUGAACAGCAGCAGAUGAAUUCACAUGGGACCCAAGAGCUCAGCCUAUGCACACAGACCAUUCAUUAUCAACUGCACCCAAAAAGGCAUGUUCUGCGGUAUGAACACUCCCUCAGGAGACCUUAUGAGAUCUUUAGUUUUUUCGGGAAAAUAAAAGUAGAGAAAGUCCAAAAACAGUGACCUGCUUAGCUACCAUCUGCCCAGAUGUCUCUCAGGUGUCGCCUGCAUUAUCACUAGAUGGUCAGAGUGAUUUUCACAUGCUUGAAUAACAAUAGCUAUCUUUUAUUGACAUCUAUAAAUAUUACUCUAAUCCUUACAUCAAUCCUACCAUAAAGGUACUGUUUCCCUCCUUCUACAGAUGACAGAAUUGAGGUUCAAAGACGUUAAGUUAUCUGUCCAAGACCACACAGCCAGUAUAUGACAAAACCAGGAUUUGAAAUAUGAACUAAAAGAAACUUCCUCCCUUCAUCAUCAGAUUGUGUCAAUUAUUUCCUUAGUAUAAGGUGGGAGAGAAGGGGAAUACACUACAUUAAGGUUAUGUUCUUACCCACUGCCAUUUUGUACCUCUCCACUACAGUGUACUAGAAAAGUACAUUUUGAGGGUCAGUACAUUUACUUAGAAACUGAGGAAGAUUUGAGGUUCUUUAAAAUUCUUUUCACCUUCAUAGGAUUGCUGAGGCUCAACUAGAAUAAAAAUGUAUCUCCCUCAAUAGGACUUAAGUCCCAUUUGAGAACAGUUUAUAUAUACUUCAUUAAGAUCCAUUGAUCAUUCUAAAAUAAAGUCUACUCAUGAUGGAUUGAGUUGGGAUCUGUACUGCUAAAUACCUCUCAGAGUUCAACUUUAGCUUUCAAAAAUAGUCUUUCCUCUAAAAUGCCCAGCCUUGGGAUGCCUGGGUGGCUCAGUGGGUUAAAUGCCUGACUUCAGCUCAGGUCAUGAUCUCAUGGUUCAUGAGUUCAAGCCCCUCAUCGGGCUCUGUGCUGACAGCUUAGAGCCUGUAGCCUGCUAAGGAUUGUGUCUCCCUCUGUCUCUGCACCUCCCUUGCUCAUGCUCUGUCUCUGUCUCAAAAAUAAACAUUAAAUUUUUUUUUAAAGUGCCCAGCCUUGCUGAACGUUAUCUCCAGAUUAUUACACACUGCUUUCUAUAGUUAUUAUAUACAUUAGCACUUGCCAGUGGAAAUAUAAUUGAGCCACAUAUAUAAUUUAUUUUUUCUGAGUUUAUUUUGAAAGACAGCUUGGGGGGGAGGGGGUGGGCAGGGAGACAGUGAGAGAGGAAGAGAGAGAAUCCCAAGCAGGCUCCACACCGUUAGUGCACAACCCAACGUAGGGCUAGAUCCCAUGAACUGUGAGAUCAUGACCUGAACCGAGAUUAAGAGUGGUAUGCUUAACCGACUGAGCCACCUGUGUGCCACAAGUCAUGUACAUAAUUUAAACACUUUUAGUAGCCACAUCUUAAAAAACAAAAAUAAACAGGUGAAAUUAAUUUUAAUAGUAUGUUUUGUCUAACUCAGUAUAUCUAAAAUAUUUCCACUUCAACAUGAAAUCAAAAAUAAUCAGUGAGAUUUUUGUUGUCUUCAAAAUUUGUUGUGUAUUUUACCCUUAUAGUAGUAGCAUAUCUCAAUUUGAUCUAGCCACAUUUCAAGUGCUUAGUAGUCACAUGUGGCUAGUAGAAAUGUCAUAUUAUACAGAGAAAGAAUACUUAAGAAUACCUUUUCUUCAGGGGCACCUGGGUGGCUCAGUCGGUUGAGUGUUCAACUGUUGAUUUCGGCUCAGGUCAUGAUCUCAUGUUUCAUGAGAUCGAACCCCAUGUCACCUCCGUGCUGUCAGUGUGGAGCCUCCUUGGGAUAUUCUCUCUCCCUCUCUCUGCCCCUCCCCUGCUAAUGUGCU